AGAGCCGCGUGCGCAUUCAGUCGUAGACGAAGACAUGUCUAUACACCUCUGCUUCAGACUGGCCGAUGUUGUUGCAAUUCUUUCUUAUUGAUAAAUAUUUUACCCGCAGUGGAAAACACCGUGGUAUCGGCCCAUAACACCCGGCAGUCAACCUCAGCAGCAUGUUUCGUUGGGCCGUGUUGUGAUUGUGACAAUGUAAAGAAGUGCAAGAGAGGAAACAGCAGGCAUAAUGACUAGCACAAGCCAGUGACAUCACCAGCUGGAGAAUCAGUAUGUUCAGGUGCUGGUUGGGAAAUGGGAAGCGAUGUUUCAAUAAGCACCAGCGGAAGAUAAUACUGCUUCUCAUCGGUGCUUUCAUCUACGGAGUGUCGGCAGACAUUUGCAGUUCCAACAUCAGUGAAGAUGACGCAAAAAAAGCCAUCCACAGAGGAAACAAACCCAAGAAUGGAUCAAACGCUGGACGUUACACCAAGGACAUAAAUGCUGUUUCUGUGUUGGACUGUGUCGUGAGUUGCUGUAACGAAGCAACCUGUGAUUCUGUCUUCUUCCAUCAGAAUACCUGCUAUCAGCUAGAAUGCAAUCGCUCCAUACCUGGUGCUUGUGAUCCUUUCGAGGCUAACGAUCCAAAGUUUAACAACACUUACUACAUCAACGUUCGAACUGUAGAGUACACCAGCAGCAGCAGCAGCAGCAGCAGCACAACGUCACCACCACUGACUCAGCCAACAACGUGUGAGUUUGGGAUCUUGGGAGAAUGUAAGCAUGAGCAUGAGGUGUGUGUCCUGCGAGAGGGCUCCAAGUCUCGUAUGGGGCUGUGUAAGUGUGAGCAGGACUACCAUCGGGAUGAGAACUCCAACUGUGUGAAGGCGGACCUGGUCCUUGAAACCAAAGAUAAAAAGACCUCCGAAGAUCACACUGACUCAUCAACUGGCACAACAAAGGCACCAACUAGUGGAGAGGUCAAGCCAGGGGAUGAUGGAAAGAAAGUUAUCCAGUUGACAGUAUCGGCUGGGGAUAACAAGAUCAUCACACUCCCGGAAAACACAGUCACUCUCUCGGCCUUCGUCCUGCCCAAACCUCUCAAAGAUGAGGACCCCUAUCACUAUGACUGGUCACUGGUUACCUUCCCUGAAGGAGCAGAGACUGGAACCAUGGAGGGCAAGAAUACAGACACUCUGAAACUGUCUAAACUGAUAGCUGGACUGUACACACUGAAGAUCACAGUGACGGGAGAAAACAAGUAUGGCGAAGCUGUCGUCACUGUCACAGUGCAGCCUCCUGCACGUACAAACACCCACCCAGUGGCCAUUAUCAAGCCCAAGACUCAGGUUGUCAAAACGACCAACUCCGCCAUCUUGGACGGUUCAGACAGCACAGACGACGACCGCAUCGUCAGCUACCACUGGGAUGAGGUGAUCGGACCCCUGCAGGACCAGAGUGGCCAGGGAGAGGAGGCCAUGAUCACCCUGAAGAACAUGGCCCCCGGCAACUACACCUUCAAAUUGACUGUGACAGACUCUGAUGGAGUGACAAAUUCCACAACAGCUAAUGUAACAUUUAUCAAGGAGACGGACUACCCCCCUAAGGCUAACGCAGGGUCUGAUGUGGUGAUCCACCUCCCUCAGUCCUCCGUGACGCUCUACGGGAACGCCAGCACUGAUGAUAGGGGAAUCACUAGCUAUGAGUGGAUCAAGAAGGCGGACGAUAAACUUGCUGUAGACAUGACGGUAAGGGUGUGUGCUCGAGGGAGGAUGGAAACUAACAACGCCCCAGUUGCAAGGACGCUAAAGAAGGUGACGGUCAGUCUUCCCAGGGAGAACCUCAUACUGGACGGCAGUAACAGCACAGAUGACCAGAAGAUAGCCACCUAUGCCUGGAAACAAAAAGGAGGGCCUACACUUACCAUCCAGAAUUCUGAUCGUGCCGUUGCCAUGGGGACAGGGAAGAUAGAGGUUGGCGAGUACACCUUCACCCUGACUGUGACGGAUGAGGACGGGGCUAGCAGUUCAGCGGACCUCACAGUGACUGUACAUGAAAACUCCAACCAGGCUCCAGUAGCUAAUGCAGGAGGGGACAAGGUAGUUUAUCUCCCCUUGGCUACCGUGACACUCGAUGGCUCCAGGUCACAUGAUGAUGUUGGUAUCAAGUCUUACGACUGGGUCCGUGAUGAGAAGAGUCUAGCUGCAGGAGAUGUAGUGAAUGGGUCCAACCACCAGGCUGUGCUGCAGCUCAGCAAUGUUGUGGCAGGCCGCUACAUAUUCAAAUUGUCUGUGGUGGAUGCAGCAGGGCUGUCCAGCUCAGACACAGCCUCUGUCAUUGUCAAGGAAGAUCCUCACAAAGGUGACCUGAUUGAGAUGCUGCUUGAUGUAGACAUCCAACACUUCACCCAGGAGAACAAGAACAACCUGGUAAACCAGCUUCAGCUGCUGCUCCACAAGUCAUCACAAGUUGGUGACACCAUCAUCAGCAUCCAGCACCUGGGGCAGGACUACACAUCAGGACACCUUCAUAUAACAUUCCUGGUGAAGUCUAAACUUGGAAACAAGGAGGAGGUGCGUUCGGGGCCGCAGAUGUUGCGUGUUUUGAAGAGGAAGCUGGUGUCAGAGUCCUCAGUAAUAGACUACAGAGUCAUAAGUUUAGAUACAGUUGUCUGCCAGAACAACUGUUCGGGUCAUGGCCACUGUGACCUGCACACCAAGAAGUGCAUCUGUGAAGCAUUCUGGAUGCAGAAUUUCUUCAAGUUAUAUGUUUUUGAAAAAGAAAGCAAUUGUGAUUGGAGCAUACUUUACGUUGUGAUUGUAUGCUUUGUUAUAGUCGUUAGUAUUGCUGGGGGAACGUGGGGCAUUAUUUGCUGUUUACGAUCAAAAAGGACUUACAGGUGCCGCUGGAAGUCACGUAAACGACACAGAUAUUCUCUACUGAGAGAGGUAGAUGAUGAGGAAGACAAGAAUAAGCUAGAACUGAUGCCAAAAGGUAAGAUCCAGAACAGCAGUGUGAUGAUCUCGGAAUCCGACUUCUCAAGUGAGGAGGAGACGCUGUUUGUGAACAGCAAAAAACCAAAUGGACAUAUACAGAAACCUCUGAAUGGCAUCUCCAAACAACAUUAUAAAGCCAAGCUGAAAGCAUAGUGCAGGGCUACAGGGAGGGGACCAGGAGCAUGUGAUGUGUGCUGGAGGUACAGGAGGAGCUGCUCUCGUCACCUUCAAUCAUUAGAACCUGGAUGGAGAUGUGGGGACCAUCAGAUCCAUCAUUAGAUUAAUACUGAUUAACUGUCAGGUCUUCAGCUUAUGGUAUUUCAGCUUCUGUUGGUUCCUCUCAAGGAUCUCUGAACAUGAUUAUUGGAAGGAUCCUUUCAAACAUAAUCAAGUCCAAUUUGAGUCCUGGUGAUGUGUAAAGCUGGAUGUCCAUCAUGGAUUAUUUCUGCCAACACUGACUUAUUGCAACAACGUAUGUGAACCUUGUGAUUUAUUCCUGGUGCAAAUGGAAAUCCACAAAAGACUAUCUCAUGACAAACCAAGCAUCAUCUUCAUUAUUGCCAUGCACAUCAAUGGGGAUUUUAUGUUUUUAUGCAAUAUAUUGCAGCAUUGGGUUACAAUCUUUGCACUGGGACCAAUAUGGCAAAGAUUGGUCACGAGGUAAUUUAAGAGGGAGCUGCUUACUAAGGAGUUAUCGUGUUGUCAAUGCAACAGUGCUGGUGGUGGUGAAACAUAAACUGUCUCAAUACAACCAUGCAGGGAGACGACACUACGAAGUACCUGGACAGAGAUUACAGAAUCUUCAAGAGGCAUUACAAGCCACAGUACCACUAAAAACAGGAGUCACCUAUUAAUUUACAAAGCAUCUUUCUUUUGGCAUGAACGCUAGUACUACUGAAAUUUGUUACUGGAUCGUGUCUUGAAGCAUCUGUCCAUUGCAGAUAUAAGGUUGUUAGGUAAAUGCAAUACCAUCUUUCAAGUUAACCUUGUUCUGGAAUGAUAAGCCAUUAUUACCGGUAGAUGAUACUCAUGCUGCUGAGAUCUGGAAUAUGCGCCAUAUUUAUUCUAACAUUUUGAAAGUGGAACAAUACAUGAUUUUAGGGCUUUAACCACUGAAAAUAGAAACUUGCCAUCACUUGACGGAAGUAAAAUUAUCAUAAGUCAUUAUUGACUCUUCUUUGUUUUAAAAAUGUAUUAUGUCCUUUCCUGUUUAUUUGUGAAAGUUGCAAGGAAAGAUGAGUUUAGAUUUUGAAAUUAACAUUCUGAUUUAGUGAGUUCAAAAUAGGAUUGAGAGAAAUUUCAAAGAUAAAUGCAUUUUAGUAUUGAAUAAUUUAUUCACUAAUUAUGGACUUUAGGCUUCAGUUUCAUUGAACACAGUAAACAAGAGACCUCUAACACUAAUUUACCUUCCAUCUGACUGCUAUGUGACAGGUAUAUAUGGAAUAACGUCCUGAAUAUAGCAUCAAUGAUCUCAGCCAGACUAUGCCAGAUACUGACUUCCUGAAGACUGUCUUGUGAAUAUGCGUCAACUGUAUAUCAUUGAAUCAGAUAAAAUAAUCAAAUUAAUACCUGUAUAAACAUUCCAGUGUAAAUAAACAGAAAAUUGAAAAUACAUUUUGAUAAGUGAUAUUCUUCUCCACACAUUUCCAUGUGACCUGUUUCUAGAUCCAUCCUGAUAUGUGCUCCCAGUCAGAGGAACCUCUGACAAAAUACUGUGUGCCUGACUGGCUGUUUAAUGUAAUGACCAUACCUGUAGUAUCCAGUGAGACCCUGCUAAUCUGGACUGUCCCACUGUUAGAUAUACCUUCGUAUCAGUAAUUAUCUGGAAAGUUUGUAGCUAAAAGGGUUCUGCUAAUCAAGACUGUCCCACUGUUAUAGAUAGACCUUCUUAUCAGUGAUUAUCUGGAAAGUUUGUAGCUAAAAGGGUUCUGCUAAUCUAGAUGUACCUUCUCAACAGUAAUUGUGUGGAAGGUUUGUGGUUUAACAGGGUCCUGGCUAGCAGAGUUUCACUGUAUAUGUCUUUAUGCAUUUACUUGUCAACUCCUGAUGUGGUAUGUGAACCUCUAGUAUGUAUAUAUUCCUUGUCAUAAAUUUUCUGUACAAUAGGUAAAGUUGUCUAUCCAUAGGCUGUAGAAACUACUGUUCCAGAUUUGUACAGGAAAUGUUAGGUUUUAGAAUUAAGAUAAUAUUUUAGCUUGUGUUGAGUGGGUCCUAUCAGUAGAGAAUACUAUCUGACCAGUCAUUUUUGAUCUUGCAUUCCAAUAACACUAUAUUCUUCUGUCUUUCAACUGAUUCCUCUUUGUGUCAGUGACAAGCUGUGGAACUGACCAAACAUGUUUCUUUUCAAGACAAAUGGAUUGUCUCUGAGACAUAACAUGUCAGUGGAAAGAAGGAUGUCAUCUGUAUUGAUUUAUGUGUGACAGCAAGAUUGGCAUCAAAUAUUCAGCACUGUCAACCUCCAUGAGAACCAAUGUCAUCGCUAUCAUCUGUGACUGGUGGAAUUAUCUGUGACGGAAGAGUGAUAUGCAUGACAGCAGUGAUAUAUAGGCCUUCACAGGAGCAAAUCACUUUUAAUAUCCUUGAUAAUAAUAAUAUUACCUGUGACAUGCAGUUGUUUGAUUGUAUAUGUGGUCGCAGUUUUACUAUGUGACUGUUCUGUGUGCAGUAGAGCAGGCAGUGUAUAUAUAUGUGUGUUUCUGGACUAUGUUCAGACUGUAUCUUGUGUGACACAGCUGUACAGAAUAUAGCAUGUAUAGGAUCUAAUAUGGUAUUCUGAAAUUUUAACAUGGUGAGAUUAAUUAUCCGUUAACAUGUUGUGAAAAAAAAUAUAAAAAAACAUUUACGAAAUACUCAACCAGUCCCUAACUUGGGAUGAAGGAAAUUGUUUCGAAGCGUCAUUGUCCCGUUCUUUGUCAUUGUUUUGAAUGAUGGCCACGAGUAACAGAAAUAAACACUUUUGAAAGAA